CGCAGGGGAUCCUGAUAAAUGGGCAAUUUCCGGGACCGGAAGUUAACGUCGUCACUAAUGACAACGUUAUCGUUAAUGUGUUCAAUCAUUUAGACGAGCCUAUACUUUUCACGUGGAACGGAAUAAAACAGAGGAGGAGCUCGUGGACAAACUGUCCCAUUCUUCCAAACACAAACUGGACAUAUAACAUGCAGAUGAAAGAUCAGAUUGGGACUUGCACUUAUUUCCUCUCAACUAAGUUGCAAAGGGCAGUCGGCGGGUAUGGUGCCCUAAACAUAGGACGCAGGUCCGUUAUUCCCAUUCCGUACGCGGAGCCUUCCGCCAAUUUCACUAUCCUUGUCAGCGACUGGUGGACCACCGACCACAAGGUACUACGAAGACUACUUGACACUGGGAAGCCUUUCCCACCCCCCAAUGGCCUUCUCAUCAAUGGACUUCCUAACAAUCCAGUCGCCUUCACCGCCAAUAAAGGAAAAACAUACAUGUUUAGGGUUUCAAACAUUGGCAUGACAACGUCAAUCAACUUUAGAAUCCAAGACCAUAAUUUGCAACUAGUGGAAGUUGAAGGUGCACACACGGUACAAGACGUGUAUGACUCAUUUGACAUCCACGUUGGCCAAUCUGUGGCAUUUUUGGAUGCUUGUGGUGGGAAAAGCUGCUUUAGAAUAACCAAUUACAAGAGCUUAAGUGGAGAUUCGCCUAAGAUAUUGAUACAAGGAACUACAGCAAUCGAAAUCACAUCAGGACUCCAUUGGUACCUAAAGUAUUGGUGUGGUGCUCAUAUUUCAUGGGAAAAAACUGGAGGCAUACAGAUAGACUCAGUACCCAAUCCAGGAUUACUACCUUCUGUAGAUACAGAGGGUGUGUUGAUUCAACGGCCAAUACCAUGGCAUUACUACCAAAAUGUUGUCACCUCAAGCUAUUCGUAUGUAUGGUGGGAUUGGCAGCGUUGGGAGAAAGAAAUCGACUGGAUGGCACUCCAAGGAAUUAACAUGCCUCUUGCAUUUACUGGGCAAGAAGCCAUCUGGCAAAAGGUUUUCUUGCAACAAUUUAAUAUGACCAGACAAGAUUUGAAUGGUUUCUUUGGUGGACCUGCCUUCCUUGCAUGGGCUCGUAUGGGAAAUCUACAUGGAUGGGGUGGGCCUUUAUCACAAAACUGGUUGGAUAAUCAGUUGUCAUUGCAAAAGCUGAUCUUAAAGAGGAUGACUGAGUUGGGUAUGACCCCAGGUAUGUUUCAUUUGACAUAAAGCACUCUGUUUUAUUUUAAAUUUCACACAAUUUAACAAAACCUGUUCUAAUAUACAUAAAAACAAUAAGUUUUGUACUUUCGGGCUAGCUACUACCUACUAGUAUGAUCAAUCUAAAACAAUGCUUCCGUCAUUCUCUGGGAAUGUACCAGCUGCAUUAAAAAGGAUGUUUCCCUCCGCAAAUAUUACUCGACUUGGGGACUGGAAUACAGUGGACGGUGACCCUCGAUGGUGCUGUACGUACCUUUUAGAUCCUUCUGACCCGUUAUUUAUUAACAUUGGUGAGGCAUUCAUUCACCAUCAGUUUAAAGAGUAUGGAGGCAUCACAAAUAUCUACAGUUGUGAUAUGUUUAAUGAAAACUCUCCACCUAC